GGGCGCAGUUUCAGUUGAGUUCAGCAUCUCUCUGAGAAAUGUUCGCCCCAAUGAUUCUCUGGCUUAUUCUGUAUUUGAUUGGCCUGAUCCAAGGCCGCUCCAUUGUGCGAGACAGCCAGGAGUGGCCGACACCCCAGCCAGAUCCCACCAUCUUUGAGUACCCGCCGACCGAAAAGCAGGAGCUCUUUUUAGAUGAAUCGUUUUUAAUGUGAAUUGUAAUUAAAUAAAAUAAAUUUCGAUGGAUUGAUCUAUCAAAUUCGUUAGAA